AUGGCUGUCGCCACGUGCGCUCACACCAAGGAAAAGACCCGACCUCUCAACCAGGCUGGAGGCUAUACUGUCCGCGUUCUGGGAGAAAUUGGUGGCCAAGGAGCAACAAGCAGAGGCACUCAGAAGGGCCACAGACUCACCCACAGCUCGGCCGACAAACACCCACCGCAAACGCACACUCCCUCCCAUAGCCAGAGCCAGAAACUGGCGCCAACAUGGACGGGGCUCCCGGCAG